AUGGCGGGACAGCAGAGGCAGGAGUUUGGGUGCAUCCCCUGCUGCAACUGCUGCGUGACCGUGCCGCAGGACAAGAUCUACGCCGUGGAGCUCUUCGGAAGCUUCACCAAGGUAAUCGGUUCUGGCCUCAACGUCGUCGGGUGUGACGUGGGGGGGUGCUGCAUCAGCUUCCGGUCCAUCACCAAGCGCGUCGAGCAGAACGACGUCAUCGUGGAGACCAAGACCAAGGAUAACGUAUUCGUGUUGGUGAAGGUUUCUGUUCAGCAGCAGGUCAUCCCGGAUCAAGCGGAGUCCGCCAUCUACAGACUCGCGAAUGUCGGUGCGCAGAUCGAUUCAUAUGUCUCGGACGUGGUGCGCUCAUGCGUACCGAAGAUGACAUUGGACGAAGCAUUCGAGGAGAAGGACAACAUUUCCUCUGCCGUCAACGAUGCCCUCACCAAGAGCAUGCACGAGUAUGGGUUCCAGAUCAUUAAGGCACUCGUGACUGAGCUGAAGCCCAGCCAGGACGUGAUGAAUUCCAUGAACGAGAUCAACAAGCAGAAGCGUCUCCGCGAUGCAGCAAUGAUGGCUGCUGAGGCUGAUAAGAUCCGGGUGGUUAAGAAAGCAGAGGCGGAUUCCGAAUCAGCUCGUCUGCAGGGCGAGGGCAUCGCGAAACAGCGCGAGGCCAUCGUGGACGGCCUGAAGAGGUCCGUCACCUCUGGGACCGAUGAGCAGCUCUCCUCCGACAAGGUCUCCGAGCUGUUGCUCAUCACGCAGUAUUUCGAGACGCUGAAGGAAAUCGGAGCGAGGUCGGGGUCCAACGCUGUCUUUAUCCCGCACAGCCCCGCUGAUGGCGUCCGGGAUAUUUCUGCUCAGAUCCGCAACGGCAUCAUGCAGGGCGGCGCUCCUGGGCAGAUGCGCAUGUGA